CACACAUUACUGCAUACAAUCUAUCGGCUUCCAUUAAGGAUAUACGCCUACCAAACAAUUUGUUUUAGGUUUCGCCACAUUUUUAUCCGCUGAAUUUUUUCUUUAUUGUAUCGCUAUUUCCCGUUUCUUUCCAUUUUUCCUUUGUAACCCAUCCUCCAUCUUCUCGUCUAUCCCUUCUCUUGGCGCCUUUUUUUUUCUUUCCGUUUUUCCCUAGUUCUUCUUUCUAUUCCGCCCUCACCUCCCAUUGACGAAGAUCGAUCAGUAUGUUGGAUCCUGUGCGUCUGAAAAAGAAUGCAGGCAGUUCAACAACACAACAAUUACGAUGGGAAGAAGCUGCAUACAAUGGCAAACUCGGAAAAUGGACCAAACCCGUGAGUUUAUCGCACCCAUUUUCAUCCAGCUCCUCCGCCACCGCACACCAAGUCAGCGCCACCCAUGCAUCGACGACCGUCGCUGUUUCCAACGCAACUUAUCGGCAUUUGACCACUUCCAGAAAAUGCCUGUGGCCUUUCUGCUGGGCCGGCAUCAGUCAGCAGCAUCGCUCCAUUACGCGCACACGGAUUCGCCGCAUUCUGAUUAUCCAGCGAAAAGUCGGAUGUAAAAUCACACCUCCUAAAAACGGCAUCGGAAGCCCAUGUCGAAAAAUACCUCGUCACCGGCAUAAGCAUGUUCACUUUAACCGGCAGCCGGUUCCCAUCCUAUUCAAACCGCAUCCUACAUCACUGUCUCAACGCAAUCAGCAGAAAAUGGCAGCCGCUCACGCUGUCAUGACCGAUCGCAUGGCCACGGGAAUCAUACGUCCGGUCGAAGCCGAUCAUACCACUCCCAUCAUUUUGCAGAACAUAUGGACUCCGCCCAUCAAUUCCGAGACAUUGCAUGAAUUGGAUAUUUCCACCAUCUUUAAAAGCCUGCAACUGCGACACGACUUGCUUUUUGAUCCCGAUCUGUGCUUUCGUCCCAAUUUGGAUGGACCCAAUGGCCGCCAGAAAAGGAAAUUGGCCGACCAGUAUUGGCAAAACGUGGAACGCGCCUUUGACAUUGUGUUUCGUCCCAAAGCCCACGUCUUUCCGGAACAGUACGAUUUCCUCCGCAUCAUCAUCACUGAACUUCGAGAUAUUCUCGCUUCCUUGGUCUCUUGCCCUUUGACACGGAACACUUUGUAUCAGAAAUGCGGGAAAAGGUUGACCGUAGACGACGUUCGAGCCAGCUUGGAUCCUGAACUGCUGAUUCAACAACUGGAUUUCAACGUUUUCACCAUUCAUAAGCAGAUUCACUUUGUGCAAACUGUCCUUGGCGCUAUUUGCCCGGAAAACCGUCGUGAAUCACUGGAACUCAUGAAUCACUUUUUCGAUCAGCCAAACUACGGUAAAGCGCUUCGACAUUGUUUUGCCGUGCUGGAAGCCAUCAAACUGGAUCAAGCCAAUAACGCAUUGCGACAAUAUCGAUCCUAUCUCGUCGAUACGUGUGCCAAAUUUGAAUGGCGAAGUUUCAAGAAACAGUUCCAGAAAGAAACGCUUCCUUUGGAUUCCAUCAUCCAAUGGCUAAAAAGCGGGUGCUUGCAAUACAGUUCACCCCACGCAUUUUUAGAUGUAUAUUACGCAGCUCUUAUAUCGCUCGUCACCGAUGAUGACGAAACCCGCCGUGUAUUUCAGCAAUCCACUGUCCCUUAUCCAAUCACUCUGCAAUUUGAUCGUCGUCGCCUCACCCAAGAGUUUCGAUUUGAAUUCCAAAACAUUAUUGUCAUUGCCAUCCUGUUGAUGCCGUAUCGUCAUUUAGCAGGAAGACAGUGGAAAUUGGGGGACAUUUUCCAGCUAAAGCAAGUGUAUUCGGCCCUUCUCAACGAAGCAUCCUCCAGCACGCGACGUUCUUCACGGGUAUCGUGCUUUCAACUCGCCCUUCACGCCUGUCACGUCGCUUUGGAGUUGCAAAAACCGCAUGCAGCGUCCACCGACUUGGGCCAUCUGGCUCAUUUCUGGGGAGAAUGGCUUACUCAAAACUUGCAGCCAUACUCCUUUAUCUACAAACUCAUGUAUGAACGUGUAGUUUUUUCGUUACGACAUUACUUACACCGCGGUCCGGUAAUGAGGAACAGUUCAACUAUGAUUGGUUUGGAAGACGAUAUCGAAUCAUUAGGAUUCAAGAUCAAGAUGGUGGCGGAUUUGAAUUUGCAAAUAUUUACCCCUCUUUACCAGUGUUUGAUGGCAUCGAUAGAACAACCCUCGCCGCACCCUUCAAUCACAGUAAGCGCCCAGUCGAAUGAUGGUUAGACCGUUUUCACAGAUGAGGCAAUCAUCAUUCGCACAUAUCGUUUGGAUGCGGCAAAACAUUGACUGUAUCUAGAAACAAACACCUUUUUGUAUUUAAUAUGUAUGUGAGUCAAGUGUUCCUAGAAAAAAUGCUUAAUUUAUAAUCCUUUUGUAUCCUAACAUUAUAUUAGCCAUUUUGCAAUCAGCAAGCUGCAAAUAAACCUAAAUCUUCGUUUGAGCU